GCCUGGAGGACCAUCUGUGAUCCGUUCGCCAGCCUAGAGGACCCCAUGGUUGGCUCCCAUCACCAAAGAUACUAGAGGAUCCCAUCACCAAGUGAUAUCGCUCUGUAUCGUCCCGUAUCCUUCACUGUCGCGGGCAAAGAUUGCUCGCGGGCGGGGUGAGCCGAGCGCCCGUGGCCCUCUGGGCCGGUCUCCGCGCCGACCUCACCUGCCUUCACCAAGAUGGCCGCCCGCCGGUCCCGCCACCGCCCCGGGCCGAGUCGAGUCUCCCCAUCGACCGGAUGAAAAUGGCGGCAGAGAAGCGGCAGUUGGUGGCGUCGCUGCCGACGGACCAGAGGGUUUAGGAGCCGUUACUGUGGACGGAGAGGCGGGGACAUGAGCGGCCAUUGUGGGCGGCCUGGGUGCCGGUGAGCCCCCCAUCUGCUCGUUGUGUGGGCUGAGCUUCGAGGGGGUGACCUGCGAUGGAUGACCACAUGACGGGGCACAACAAGGAGAAGCGUUAUGGGUGCGACAUCUGUGGCAAGGCCUGGCAGUACCCGAGCCUGCUGGAGAUCCACCGGCGGGUGCACACGGGAGAACGCCCCUUUGACUGUUCGGAGUGCGGAAAGAGCUUCACCCGCUACGACAAACUGCUGCGGCACAACCGUGUGCACUCCGGCGAGAGACCCUUCACCUGCUCCGACUGCGGCAAGAGCUUCAAGAGGGCACAACACCUGAAGGUGCACCGGCGAGUGCACACGGGCGAGAAGCCCUUUGGCUGCUCCACCUGCGGCAAGAGCUUUGCCCGGUUGUCGGGGCUACGGCGGCACCUGCAGGUGCACAGCAGUGAGCGACCCUUCACCUGCUCCGACUGCGGCAAAGACUUCAAGUCGUCGCUGGACCUAGCGAACUUUGACAAGGUGACAUGCAAGCUGGAGGAACAGCAUUGUCUAGAACCAACACGUCGCCCGUCCAUUCCCCUCCAAAGUGCCGAUACAACUCAGCAGGUCAGCCAUCCGUGGUGGGAAACGGAUAGAGAAGUAUUCCUAAUAUAAUUCCUCCUUGAACCUGUCGAGGAGCAGACAAUCAACAGUACCAGCAUCUUCUCAUUCAUACUGUACCCAAGUGAAAAUGCCAAAGUGAGUCAAGCUGCAUACAGCCGAAUGCUCACAGUACCAGCUGACUGCCACUGGUCCAAAAACUUAAAGGCAUUUUAAAGUGUUAUUUUUUUUUUAAUUGACACAUUUGUGCCUUACAUACCAAAUAAAGCAGGUUUAACCUGA